CUGACGCUCCUCAAAGGUCAGCGAGGUGUUCUGGUGAUUGCCGUCCUCUCCCUUCAGGUAUUUAAAGUCCUCGGGUUUCAGCAGGUGGAAUAUUUUCUCUUCGCUCUCCAGCAGUAGAUGACUUGGUGAUUCUUCUCAGGCAUGAUGUGGUGCGCCCUUUUCCUGGCUGUUGUCACAGCCACUCAGCUGAUGCCAGCGCGUGCCUUACCAACGAAAGAAGCCACUGACAUUUGUCAACUACCCAUGGAGGUUGGUCCAUGUGAAACCGACGUUGCACGAUACUACUUCAACAGCGCAGAGAACAGAUGUGCGAUUUUCCUCUACGGGGGUUGCAGUGGAAAUGCCAAUAACUUCAAUAGUAAACAAACCUGUGAAACAGCCUGCCUGAAGACAAAGAACCUCCAACCUAAGUUGAAGACUGGAUCCAACUUCCCAAUAAAAACCCCAGUGACUGGUGCAGCUGUAACCUGCCAGUUACCUAUGGCUGCCGGUUUAUGCGAUAAUAAUGUCUUGCGCUACUUCUAUAACAGCGCUGAAAAUAGAUGCGAUAUCUUUGACUAUCACGGCUGCUUUGGAAAUGCCAAUAAUUUCAUGACUAAGCUGGAAUGUGAGAAGACCUGCCUGAUACCAGAGAAAAACGACCUUUCUGAUUUUGGUGUGGAUUCUGAACUGUCUUUUGCACUGGAAGAAUGACCGAGAACACACAUGGGAGCAGAAACAUGUACUCUGUAAAUGAUGUAUAUGUGUCAUUGCUUUACAAAAUAUUUGAAAUAAAAAAAUAUUGACUUUCUUUUUUUACAAAUGAAAAAAAACCUGAUAAAA